UCGAUAACGUGUAAGAAAUGAUCAGAAAUAUAGAAUGAAUUACAUCUUAUAUUUUGUAGUUUGGUGAUAAUUUGUACAGCUGAUAAAUGCAAUUUCGGUCAGCUGAGCUACCCAUUGUAACAAGAAAGCACGUGCAAACAUGGCGAACGGAGGUGAUGAAGAAAUGGGUCUCUAUGACAACAGUGAUGAUGAAUUUGGAGAAGAAAUUGUAGAACAAAUGGAUGACAAUGAUGAAGAAGAAAUGAAUGAAGAGCAAACUGAACAAACAUCAACAUCAAAAGGAAAAAAGAAAAAGAAGAAAAAGAAAAAGAAGAAGGCUAAAGAAACUUCAGCAGAUAAUGACGAUGAUAAUGAAGAAGUUGAAUCACAAGAAAAAGAGGUGUUUUUYCCAGGUGAUAAAAUGGAGGACGAUGAAGAGUUAACAUAUGACAGUAGUGCUUACAAAAUGUAUCAUGCAGCACAAACAGGUUCACCUUGRCUUAGUUUUGAUGUUGUUCCUGAUAUCCUUGGAGAAUCUAGAARAGAGUUUCCUAUGACYGCAUAUAUUGUAGCUGGAACCCAAGCUCCKCUUGGACAACAAAACCAUGUCAUUGUGAUGAAAAUGUCAGAGUUGCACCAAACAGAAYAUGAUGARACUGGUGAUUCUGAUUCAGAUGAUGAGUACAUUGAAGAGGAACCAGACUUAGAAACUAGUAUGAUAAAGCAUAKUGGUGGAGUAAAUAGGAUUCGACAUGCUCACAUUCCCGACAGACAUAUUGUUGCUACAUGGUCAGACAAAAAUAAGGUUUAUAUAUGGGAUGUUUCCCCUCAAGUUAUAUCAGUGGAUAACCCUACUAACACAACACAAGCCAAAGACYUUUCACCUCUGUAUACUUUUGCUGGCCAUUUAACAGAAGGUUUCUCAAUGGAUUGGUCAAGAACUGUUCCUGGCAGGUUACUAACAGGAGAUUGUAAACACAACAUCCAUCUUUGGUCCCCACAAGAAGGAGGCAGUUGGCAUGUCGAUCAGAGACCAUUCAAUGCUCAUACAGACUCUGUAGAAGAUUUACAAUGGAGCCCAAAUGAAAAAAAUGUUUUUGCUUCAUGUUCUGUGGAUCAAACAGUUCGUAUUUGGGAUGCAAGAGCAGCUCCUUCAAAAGCCUGUAUGCUGACAACCAAAGCUCAUGAUGCAGAUGUCAAUGUUAUUUCUUGGAAUAGGAAUGAGCCUUUUAUAGUGUCAGGAGGUGAUGAUGGUAUUCUUAAAAUCUGGGAUCUCAGACAAUUUCAAAAGGGUGAGCCAGUAGCAUUAUUCAAGCACAAUACAGGUCCCAUUACAUCAGUAGAAUGGCAUCCGACAGAUAGUUCAGUUUUUGCUGCCUCAUCUGAAGACAAUCAAGUCACCUUAUGGGAUCUUGCUGUUGAAAGGGAUGAAACUGCGGAGGGACCUGGUCGUCAUCUAGAUGUACCGCCACAAUUACUAUUCAUUCAUAUGGGCCAAAAAUCAGUCAAAGAAAUACACUGGCAUCAGCAGUUACCAGGUGUCGUCAUAAGCACAGCUGCAAGUGGAUUUAAUGUUUUCAAGACUAUAAGUGUAUGAUUGAUACAGACACAUAUAUGCCUACUGAGCAUGCUCUUAUGCUACAGUAUGAUCACKAUCCCACAUGGCUGUUUGCAUACUCAASUGCAGCAAGUUMUCAAGGACSAACAAGGCCAAAAUAGCUCAGAAUAGUUUUUCAUAAAACUGCAUUGUCCCUGGARUCAAAUGUGAAGUCAUCCAUAGGAAUUGUGGGAAUUUACRACAUAUGGUACCAUCAUUCAAAUGUACUUUAAUAAUAAAAUAUAGAUAGUUAACUCCUACAAUUCCUGUUGGUUGACCGUUUUCCAAACAAUAGGUACAUGUAAUAAAGUAUGUGAAUUCACUUCAAUGACAACAGUUUCUUCCAAACAUUUGUUUUAUUUAAUACAACUGACAGUACCUAUGUUUACAAUAUAUAAUGCCAUAUUAAAUUUMUAUUGAUUUUAACAAUGGCAGAGUUAUAAUAUUAAAAUCUAUGAUUUCAAAAAAAAUUAAUGGCACAGCAAGUCUUUCCAUGUCUGCUUGAGUACAUGCACAGCACUGUUGUCCACAAAACWUGUUUAAAUGUAUCUUGUGGACAACAUUUUGGCAAGUAGUCUGGGCCUGGUUAUAUAAAGAAUGGGUAUUAUUAUCUGCUUGGAGUAACAGUGCUGUUGGAGCAGUUUUCAUUAGACUAAAGUCUAUCCUCACAGCCCCACUUACAAAUCUAUUAUUCAAUGUUCAAUGAAGUGAUAUGUGUGUAAAGUAUAUAAGUACAGGAAUUGUUAUAGAGUGACCACUGAGGUGUAGAAGUGUAAUGAGACUAGAUAAAGAUAGGUUUUUGUAAUAAUUUGUAACUAUUUUCCUAUAUCACUGGUGUUGACAAGGAUAAACUACAAUGCCUGUUUUAGAAAAUGUUCAACAUUGCACCUCAUGCUAUUAUUAMAGCACAGAACUAACAAAUCCUGUGUAAUAUACUGUAGAUGAAAGACAUUAUUGUAACCUAGUAGAGUGCCUUUCAUUAGACUGUGCAAUGAAAAUGACUAUUUAGCAAGCAUAUGUUGMUAAAAAACAAAAGAAUACUAUAACUUUAGAGUGUMAUACCAACAAUUAUUAUUUCUGUCRAACUAGUCUUACACAGUCGAAUAAAAACAACUCCGUUAUUUUUCA